AUGGGAUCUUUGCCCAAAGUGCGUAACGUCUACGUUCUUACUUGGCGCUUUGUGUCACAGGGAUUGCAGGGCUCUGGAACCGUGGUGGCUCUGAACUCUCAAGAAGCAGUGGAAGGUGCAGGCUUAGGCAAUUCUCUCGGCUUGCCCCAGGCUAAGGAGAACAGGAGCAAACGCCUGGAGAAAGUCCAUGUUGUUCUUGGGAAUAAAUCCUGUGAUUUGGAUUCUCUCAUUUCUGCUCUGACCUAUGCCUACUUUCUAGAUAAGGUCAGCCCUCCUGAUGUUCUUUGCUUACCGGUGUUGAACAUACCACGAAGAGACUUCAGCUACUUUACAGAAACAAGAUUUAUCCUGGAGGAAUUGAAUAUCCCUGAGUCGCUCUAUAUCUUCCGAGAUGAAAUCAAUUUGCACCAGCUGAAUGAUGAAGGGAAAUUGUCUUUAACACUUGUAAACAGCAGCAUGCUGACAAGUGAGGAUAAAAGUUUGGAAUCAGCUGUUGUCAAAGUCAUCAAUCCAGAUGAGCAAUGUGAUGGCAGCCUGGAGUUACAAGCAUCUUCUUCCUCUCUAGUAGUAAAAGAGAUUCUUCAAGAGGCACCAGAGUUAAUCACUCAGCAACUGGCUUAUCUCCUCAGAGGAAGCAUUCUCUUCAAGUGCAUGUCUUUGGAGCCUGAGAGAAUUGCAGCACAGCAGGAGAAAGUGCUGUCAAUUCUGGAGGAAAAGUUUCCAGAUCUGCCCCCACGGGAGGAAAUUAUCUCAGUUCUCCAGGAGAAUCAGUUUAGCCCUCCAAGCAUAAGUAUUGAGGAGGUUAUGCUGAAGGAUCUCAAGGAACUUUCAGAUGGAGAAAUCAAAGUAGCAAUUAGCACUGUGUACAUGACACUGGAGGACUGUGUGUUACACAGGAGUCUCCUUGGUGAUCUGAAAGCAUUCAUAGAUAAAUACGGGUUUGAUGUACUUGUCAUUUUGGCCAACUAUUUGUCAGAUGAGGAGGAAACAAGACGACAAAUAGCAGUAUAUUCAGAAAACUUAGAACUGGGCAGUCAAAUCUGCUGUGAAUUAGAAGAAUGUCAGAAUCCUUGUUUGGAGCUGGAUCCUCUAGAAUGUGGAUGUGAUCAAAUUCUUGUUUAUCAUCAAGAAAAUUCUUCGGUGACCUGUGACCAAAUAUUUCUUCUGGUUAAGGAAGUUAUAAAUAGAAGACAACCAGAAAUGGUGUCAAACAGUAGAACUUCUUCUACUGAAGCUGUUGCUGGGAGUGCACCACUUUCACAAGGAUCUUCUGGUAUUGUGGAGUUAUAUGGUUCUGACAUAGAACCACAACCCAGUUCUGUUAAUUUUAUAGAAAAUCCUCAAGAUUUGAAUGGAUCUAUACCAGCCCAUGUUGAUGUUAAUAUAGAUCUUGUGAGUCCAGACAGUGGAUUGGCCACUAUUAGAAGCAGCCGGUCUUCCAAGGAGAGCUCUGUUUUUCUUAGUGAUGAUAGCCCUGUUGCAGAAGGUGCUGCUUCCCAUCACAAUCUUCUGCCUGGUUUUGAUUCUUAUAGCCCUAUUCCUGAAGGUACAAUACCAGAAGAACAAAAACCACAGUCUAGGAACAACAGUGAUAACUUUGAUCUUUUCAAUUUUGAUCUAGCACCCGUGGUUACAGCUCCAUCUGAGUCAUCUUCUCGUUCUGUUGACUGUUCCCCAGCAGAUGACUUUUUCCUUAAUAGUGAUUCAUCAGAAGGACAACCACCCACUGUGCAAAAAGAAAUCAAUGAGGCAAACCUACUAGAAAAUGACAUAGCGAAUUAUUCAACUAACUUACUAAUGACAACAAAUGAGGAAGACAAUUUAGCUGAAUUUGAUGGAAAUCAGGAAGAUAGAUGUGAGAAAACUGCAAGCUUGAUUGAUUUGGUUGAAGGUGAUUCUUCUUCACCUGAAAUGUUGAAAUCUGCUGAUACAAGAAUACCACCAACUCCUAUGAACAGUCUUGUAGAAACUUCACCAUUAGAUAAUGGGCAGCCUUUGUUUUUCCCACAAGAUGUAGUAAAAAAAAUUAAUGAAAUGGAUAGCACAAACUAUUCUCAGUCUCGUGUUAGGUAUGGGAGCUGGUGGGAUGGCUUUGACUUGGAGUCCAGAAAUGACGAUACCUGGAGUUCAAGCGAGCAGGAAUCUGUAUUUCAGAGCCCUGUCCUAUGGAAAGAUUGUAAAGCAAGCCCCUUGUUACGGGAACAUAUUGAAAGAAGAGCUUCAGAUUCUGUAUUUUUGCAGAAACAGACAAAGCAAGCGGAAUACACAAGAUCAGGUCUCUGGGAUAAUCAAUUUAAGCAAAAUAAUCAGAACCUAGAGAACGAUGAGAAAAACAUUGAACAUUCGUGUUUGCAAACUGCUUCUUUGAUGGAGACAGAGCAAGAGCUGGAUAACUUUACUGACCCAUGGAAGGCAGAUCAGCCAUUACCUGUGGUGUCAGAUGUGUGGUAUACUGGUGAAGGGAAAGGUAGUGAACAAGCUGGAGAUGCUUAUGAAGUCUGGGCUAGGUUUGAUGCUAAAUCCUCAGAAAAUGUAUGGAACAUGCCCAAACUGGACAGAGAAAAAAAAUCAAUGAAUAAUCCAGAGGAAUGGGCCGUAUCAAAAACUAGCUUAUCAGAUUCUUCAGAUAUUGUAGCAGGCAGUGAGACCAAUAAUGUACCUGUUCAGGUGUCUCCAGAAGCCUGGGAUAAAGAGAGAUUCUGUUCAGUAGAAGAAUAUGGAACACUCGAAAAUACAAAUUCUAGUAUUAACAAUAUGCAAAACAAUUUCAAGUUACAAAUAGAGGAAAAAAAUCUGUUAGUUGGCCCUAAACAUAGACCAAAACAUUUUGAAAAUAUAGAGACCUGGAAUUUAUAUGACAAAAACAUCAGGAAAGAAGUAACAGAAGUAGUGGUGCCAUGGGAAGAUACCUUCUUGGCCUAUAAAUGCUCAGACCUUAGCUCAUCAAACAUUGGUGAAGAUUUAAUUGUUUCUCCACUAGAUACCAAUUAUUCAACAUCUGACUCAUAUAUAUCACCUACAUAUGUGGGAGAUGAAAAAGAAAAUGAGGACAAAGAUUUUGACAAAGAAGCAGUAACUGAUAAAUUUAUAAAUCCAAAUUUGGAUGAACCAGAAGUACUUGAGAAAACAGAUAAGGAACCAUUAUCCCCUAGAAAGAUGCCUUUUUCAGUCUCUAGAAACACAGCCAUUUGGAACACACCCUUAAAUAAUGAAACCUACUUAAAAGAAAUAAAUUCUCAGAUUACUGCUCUUUCUGCCACUGGUAUACCUGUUCUUAAUUCAGAACAAACAGCUAAUCAGUAUUUUUCUGCUGAGAAAAAUACGGAUGAAAAUAACUUUCCCAUUUCUCAAAACAGAAAAAUAAUACCAGUAUACAGUCAAACUGUGAAUGACUUGUCACCAUCACAGAAUGAACUAAAUAUUAGAUGUAUACCUGAAAAUGUAGAAGUGGUGAGCAAUGUUCCCAUAGAAGACACAGACACUUCUACAACCACUUCAGAUGCUGGUAAUGAUUUGAACCUGAAAGAAUUUGAUUUAGGAAGUGAGAUACUGGGUAUAGAAGAAACACAAAACACUGCUGUUGAUGAUGAAAAGAUGGAUAGUUGGCAGUCAGUGCUGGAGCCAACCUCACAGAGUUUACAGACAGAGCAGAAUUGUGAGGAAGCCUGGGAGAACUGCAGUACAGUUGUCUCCUCUCAGGAAGGAAAAGAGGAAUUUAAGACAAUAGAUGGAAGAGAUGGACAGCAAAAUAUUAGUGAUGUCUGUAAGAAACCAAUGCAAGAAGACAGUGAAUCUUCGUGUAAUGCUGAUUCAAAAGAAAAUAGGUCAAUGUGUGAAGUUCCCAGUUCGCUAGAGGAAAGGCGGAAUAGUGUUAGUUUGGAAGAUUUAGACAGAGAGAACAUGUCAUUCUCCAAUGACAGUAAUUUAGUGAGUCAGGAGGACAGCAAAGAAGUAUUACAAGACAAAGCAGAAUCUUCUUCAAGUGCUUCUGAGGAAGAUAGAAAUUAUGAACUUUUUGAUGAUUCCAAGCAACAAGACUACAGUUGUUGUGAAACAUCAUAUAUACUUUCUGAGAAUGAUGAAAAGGAGACUAUAGUGAUAGAUCAUUCACUGAGUCCUGAGACGGAGAGUAUCUCUGAAAGUUCUAAUAAAUGUACUAAUAAUCAUGAAGAAAAUUCUAAAGUGACUGGAAAUGUAGUUAUCUGCAGUGACUCUGGGGAGAGUGGUUCUCACUUAGCCACAUCAGUUCCUUUGAUGAAUGAAGUAGCAGAAGUGCAGAGAGAAGAGAAAGAGGGUUUACAUGAUGUGGUUCCUAAUAACUUAGGUCUUUGUAAUACUGAGUCUUCUGAAGAUAGUCCAGAACUGGGCAGCACUCAUGAAAAAUCUUUCAUAGAUGAGUCUCCACAAGUUAAAUUUCAGAAAAGUACUUCUGAAUAUGUAAGUGUUCCUGACAUUACAGAUACUUCUUUGGUUAAAAAUGGAUUUUCUCAUGACACAGAUGCUGGGAGAAAUGAAAAUUCUGAAAAUUUAGCAUCUGCUAAUAAUCUUUUUGGGGAGGAGUGUGAGACACUUCAUGACAGUUUUCCCCAAACUGUUUGGAAUUCACAGCCAGGUGAAGAUUUGCAAUCUCCUGGAACUAGUCCUGAAGCAAGUGAAGUCCUUGAAAUGGCAAACACCACAAGUAGCAUUUCUAGAGAUAUACAGAUCAAAAGUUAUUUAGAAGAAGAUAGUAUAUGGAGUGAUUCCAUAAAUGAUUACACACAGUCAAGUGGAACAAGCCCUGAUUUAAGUAAUGCGUCUGUGAAUGCAUGGGAAGACCUUCCAGUUGCUACUCAUCAAAAAGGCAGUGAAGAUAUGUGGGAUUUUACAAAUGGUAAGAAGCCUGAGGAAGCUCAUAAAAUAAGAGAAUUUGGGAAUGAAUGUCAAGAAGGACUUGAAACAAGCACUGAACACAAAAUUCCUAAAAAUUUAGAUUUUUGGAAUGCCCAUGUAGAUGAUGAUACUGUGUCUUCCUUGUCAAGUCCAGAAAUAAAUGAGCAUUCAGAGAGUUCAGAUACAUGUCCAGCAGUGAUUUAUGAAGAUUCCAUGUGUGAAAAAAAGAAGCACAGGACAUCUGAAAUUGAAGAGGAUUAUUAUACACAAAACAGUGCAACAAGUCUUGAAACGAAUGAAAACAGUUUACACGCAAAAGCCAAGGUGGGAGAGGUGGUUCAGGUAGGCAUCUUAAAAGAGAAUCCUGAAGCAAUUAAAGCUGAGAGUGUGUCAAAAGUUGGCUUGACUAUAACUGAGUCUGAUGAAGCUUCCAAACAUUUACAGCACUGGGAAACACUUCAGAAAAAAACUCAUGAGACUCUUUUCAGUGAAGGAAUGAGUACUGCAGAAGACUCAUGUUGGCAUCAAGUUGAUGAAGAUACCACACCGACUUUUGCAGUUGGUGAUAAAGAAGAACAUUCUGCAAGAGCUUUAGAUACGUGGAAUAUGCCACUGGAAGCUGAUUUAAGAGUUGAACUAAAGUCCACAGUAGAAACGUUUGUUUUUCCAGGUGACAGUUCAGAGUGGUGGAAGUCACAAAGCUGUGAAGAAAAGCCAAUGGAAGAUCAGAAUUCUUCUUCAAGUGCUUCUGUAGCAAAACAAUUGAUAAACAGUAAUCAGGACUCCUGGGGACCACCUGUAUCAAAUGAAGAGCCAGAAGAUGCAGGUUUCACUGAUACGAGGAAUGAAGGAAUUCAGGAUCCCCACCCAUACAGCAGUGAAAAAGAAAAUGAAAAGGUAGCACAGGUUAUGGAUAUUCAUGAUAGUCAAAUAAAUCAAGAUACUAUACAGUUCCAACAAUUUGAUCCUUUCAUACUAGACAAAAAAGGAAGGGACUUUAAAGAGCAGUCUCUUCCUACACAUGAGGGAGAACAGCUGACUCCACACAAUAUUGUUUCAGAAAAUUUUAAACCAAGUGUGUCAAAGACAUCAGUUGAAGAAAACCCAAUGCUUGCUCAACCAAAUGACAGUGAGACAGAUGCAAGUCGCAUUCCUCAAGAACAACAACUGAAUACCUGUGAAACAUUAGAAAUGCACAACUCCCUGUCAGGUGCUUUCAUUGUAGAAGACUUAUCUUUUGAAAUGACAGAGAAAUCAAGUCCAGGGUGGAAUAUAUUAGUUCCCCAGCCCGCGCUUAUUCCAGAUAUUUUACAGGAUAACGCCCAAGAAAGUAAUCAUCUGUUUUCAGUGAAACCUGAUCUGUGGACUAAUGCUGAACAGUUUUUCACUUUGAAAGCAGACAGUGAAAAUCCUGAUGUAGUAAGUCACUGUGACCAAGACAGUAGUUCAGAUGCAUCAGCCAGUCCAGAUGUAUGCCAGGAGUAUGAUGCUAGACAUGCCUCUCUCCCAUCUUCUCAGACUAAGGUGGAGCCUGAAGACAGUCAGAUGAUUUGCACAUUGUCAGAUAUGAAUAAAAAGGUAGAUUUUGAUUCAAAGUCUCAGGUAGCAAUGCAGAAGUUGGAAGCACAGUCUGAAAGUGACAGUCCUCAGUACUAUGAUCAAGGAAAGACAGAUGGAUCUUGCCAACUGAUCUCUUCUAAUGAGCAGGAACCUUCUGUAUUUGAAAUUUUGGAAGAAUAUGGCCCAGGAAGGAAACUUGUUACUGAGCAAAUUGAGCCGGUUAAGAUACCCACUGAAGUUUUAGGAGUAACAUCCUUAGAUCCCAGAGAUACAUUUCCUGAAAGUCAUACUGCUGCAAGCCAUCAAGACACUGAGCUUGAUUCAGCUCAAAUAGUGAACUCCCAAACACAUUUUAUUCCCAGUGAUUUCAUUCUAUCAAGUAUGCCAGAACAAAGCUUAAAAGAAAUAAGUGCCUUGGCUGAAAUAGGAAAACAUUCUGAUACUGACCAAACAGCAAUAAACAGGGGUGAAUUAGAAAUAGCAGAUGAAUGCAUGGAUGGAUCUAAGACUGGGGUAGAAGAUAACAUCAGUGAAACAUCUGUCACUAAUAUCCCAUCAAGUACAUGUACAAGAAUCAACACAUGGACGGUAGUGGGCAGUGAAACAGCAGAAAGGGAAUCAAGUGCCAAACAACUGCUCUGCAGAUCUUCUCUGCCUGAUGAUAAUGAAGACUAUGACUCCGAUUCAAAGCAUCAGUUCAUUGAUGACAUAAUAAAAGAACCCAAGCAUAAAAUUGAAAAUGAUGCUUCUCUUUUUAAGGGAACGCCUAGUGAUCAAUCGCCAGUGAUAUGCAUUCCACCUUCCAAUGUGUCUCUUGGUGCCAAACCCUCUGGCAGCACAGAGUGUGCUGAGGAUGAGCUUUUGUUACAGAAGCCCUUUUGUGACAGUGGUUCUUUGGAAAAGCCUCCUCAGGAAGAUGCAGAAGGCACCCUAGCGAUGAAAGAUGACAGCGUUAAGGAUCAGAUGCCUGACACAUCCACAGAGUGUCCUCAGGAAGAUCCCCUGUUGAUAUCUCCACCCUUGAAGUCUGAAGUAGCUCCAGGAGCCUCUGACGUGUUGAAAGAAAUCGAACAUGAGCCGGAAACAACUGAUCUUGACUCACCGCCAGGUGGAGAUAAAAGAUCAUCCAAUGAAGCCACCACUGACCCACUUCAUAGAGAGAGCAAGUCGAGAAAUUCCUCUGAGAGCUCUGAACUGGAAAAUACGGAAGGUAAGGAAGAUAUGAGGAUGCAGGUGCACCAAGAUCAAACUUCACUGGAGAUGGAUUACAUCCUUGUUACUGGGGAAGAAAAUACACCUUCAAGGGAGGAUACCCUUGAAAUAAAAGGAAGUGAUUUUGCAUUUCAAGAAGUUAAUGUAGCUGAACAAACAGAAUCUCAUGAAGGCUUUUCACCAGGCUCCUCGGAUACAUUUCAAGCGAUUUCCAUAAUAAAUGAAAGGGAAGGCCAGUGUGCUUGGGAGAUUGAAUGGGACUCUGUUAACUUAGCAGAGAAAAGUUCUUCUGUCAUGCCUCAAAAAGUGGAUGAUGAAAGGAGAUCACCGGAGAAAUGUGGGCAAGAUGAGGGCUGGAUUGUUUUGGGCCAAACUGAAGUUGGUUGCAUAUCACCUGAGGAACUUGCUGCCAGAUUAGAGACUGCAAAAUCAGGACCUGGACAUUCUGGAAAAGAACUGGAAGCUGUUGCAGAGCAGGAAUCAGUUCUUGAUGCUCAAGCGGAAUAUCAGCUAGAUGGUGGUGAUGGUGGAUGGGAAGCAAAUUCUCAACAGAGACUCAGAAAUAACGUAGUAACAGAACAAGAAAUGGAGGAAGAAACCGUGUUUCUCAGCAGUGAAAGAAAACUGAGUCAGAAAUCAGGAUUGCCACUGGAGAAUGUGGGAAUGGACAUCCCCAUUGCUGAGGGUGUAUUAAGCCCAAGUUCUACAGAAAUGAGACCUGAACCUCCCAAUUCUCUUGAUCUGAAUGGCUCCCAUCCCAGAAGAAUAAAGCUCACAGCUCCAAAUAUCAAUCUGUGUUUGGACCAGAGUGAAGGAUCAGUACUUUCUGAUGAUAAUUUAGAUACCCCAGAUGGAAUUGACAUCAAUGUAGAUGACCUUGACACUCCUGAUGAAGCAGAUUCUUUUGAAUACAGUGGACAAGAACACCAGGCAGUCCUUAAGGAUGCUUCCCAUGAGGCAUCUGAAUCAAUUCCAGAAUACACUGCUGAAGAGGAAAGAGAGGACAACAGGUUGUGGAGAACAGUGGUUAUUGGAGAACAAGAGCAAAGGAUUGAUAUGAAAGUCAUUGAACCUUACAGAAAGGUCAUUUCGCAUGGAGGAUACUAUGGUGAUGGUCUGAAUGCUAUCAUUGUGUUUGCUGCAUGCUUCUUGCCAGACAGCAGUCGAACUGACUACAAAUAUGUCAUGGAAAAUCUUUUCCUGUAUGUGAUAAGUACCUUAGAACUGAUGGUGGCUGAAGACUAUAUGAUUGUCUACUUGAACGGAGCUACGCCAAGAAGGAGGAUGCCAGGACUUGGCUGGAUGAAAAAAUGUUACCAAAUGAUUGAUCGACGAUUAAGGAAGAACCUCAAAUCAUUUAUUAUUGUCCAUCCAUCAUGGUUCAUCAGGACAAUUCUGGCUGUGACACGACCUUUUAUAAGCUCCAAGUUCAGCAGUAAGAUACAGUAUGUCAGCACUCUUGCAGAGCUCCGUGAGAUGAUUCCAAUGGAAUAUGUGCACAUACCAGAGAGCAUUGUCAAACUGGAUGAAGAGCUGAGGGAAGCUUCAGAAACAGCUAAAACUGGCUGCCUCACAAAUGAUCCAGAAAUUACUUCAAUGGAGCAGGAGUAA